CGCCAUGGCGUCGUGUCUCUGCUCUCUCAGUAACAGAAAGUGGCCGCCUCUCUGCUGUUGCUGCCGACUCAAAGCUCGCAGACUCGCUCGGCGCCUCAAACCGCCAUUUUGGAGUCAGAUAACCGAGAGUCGGCAGCAGCAGAGAGAGAGACGAAAAGGGGGACACGGGGCUGAGGGGAUCUUCACCACUGUCUGAUCAUUAAUCUUGGACUCAAGAACAAUGGGAUCCUUUACUGAGAAGUAAAAGCUGCUGCCCUGCUGGGCAGAGGUGUCCGUGGUCCAUGGCGUCGGGGCAUGGUGGUCGCCCGGAGGCCGGGGCCCCGGGGAGCUCCGGCCUGGCCAAACCGCUCCACCUGCAGCGCUUGGAGAGAUCCCUGAGGUUGGACAGCUUCCUGCGCCAGACCGCCAUCAUCUUCAACAGGGACGUGACCAGUGACGACAGCGACGACAGCGACGGCGCGCUGGGGACGGGGCUGUCCCUCGACCCCUCCCUCGGUCAGCACAUGGGUGUGACCGUGAAGAGUGAGUCAUGUGAGCAAGAGGACAGGUUGUCAGAGGGGAAGCCCCUCAACGGCGGGCUGCUGCAGGUUAAAGACCAAAAGGCCGAUAAAACGAACCUCUACAAUUUUUCCAAGCUGAAGAAGAACAGGAAGUGGCUCAAGAGUAUUCUGUUGAGCGACGACACCACGGACUCAGACACCGACUCGGAUGACUCUGACUUCAGCUUGUCCCGGGAGGAGCUGCACGACAUGCUGCGCUUACAUCGCUACACCCGGCAGCAUCAGAGCAAGUUCCACUCUGACCGGGAGCUUCACCAAUACCAGUACUACAGCACCGGACUCCUCUCCACCCAUGACCCGUUCUAUGAGCAGCAGCGCCACCUACAGGGCCCGAAGAAGAAGAAAAUCAAAGAUGAGAAGAAAUUCAAGGCCAAACUCAAAAAAGUAAAGAAGAAAAAGAAGCGGGGAGAGGGAGACUUUCUGGAUGACGGCCGUCCUUAUGUCCACAAGAUCUUUGCAAAGUUUUCCCACGACGCCCCGCUGCCCGCCGUGAAGAAGAAGCAUCUCACGGUCGAGCAGCUGAAUGCGCGGCGGCGUAAGGUCUGGCUCACCAUCGCCAAAAAGGAAAUUCCCAAGAACUUCAAGCAGAAGACCUCUGCUAAGAACCUAGUACUGACCAAUGCUAAAAAGUUGGCUCAUCAGUGCAUGAGAGAGGUUCGCCGGGCAGCCAUCCAGGCCCAGAAGAACUGCAAGGAGACGCUGCCCCGCGCCCGCCGCCUCACCAAGGAGAUGAUGCUUUACUGGAAGAAGUACGACAAAGUGGAGAAGGAGCACAGGAAGAGGGCGGAGAAGGAGGCCCUGGAGCAACGCAAGCUGGACGAAGAGAUGAGAGAAGCCAAGCGUCAGCAGCGUAAGCUGAAUUUCCUCAUCACCCAGACCGAGCUGUACGCCCACUUCAUGGGCGGCAAAGCCAGCACGGCGGGGCCGGGCGGGGAGAUGUCCCAGGAGGACAUUCUGAAGAAGCUGGAGGACUCUGCGGCUCACAGACAGAUUGACAUUGGGGGCGGCGUCAUGGUCAACAUGGGACAGGAGGACUACGACAGUGAAUUCUACAAGUCCCAGGCCCUGAGGAACGCCAAAGAAGCCUUCCAGAUCCAUCAAGAGAGAACGCGCAUGUUCGACGAGGAGGCGAAGGACAGCCGCAGCGCGUCUGUGCGCGUCGCCGGCCCGUCCUCGGGCGCCGGCUCCGGGUUCGGAGAGAGCUACAGCCUCGCCAACCCGUCUAUCCACGCAGGGGAGGAAAUCCCCCAGCCCAGCAUCUUCAACGGCAAACUCAAGGGGUACCAACUCAAGGGCAUGAACUGGCUGGCCAACCUCUACGAGCAGGGAAUCAAUGGAAUCCUGGCGGACGAGAUGGGCCUGGGGAAGACGGUGCAGAGUAUUGCCCUGCUGGCACACUUGGCCGAGAAAGACAACAUCUGGGGUCCGUUCCUGAUCAUAUCUCCUGCAUCCACGCUCAACAACUGGCACCAGGAGUUCACCCGCUUUGUGCCCAAAUUCAAGGUGUUGCCGUACUGGGGGAAUCCACACGAUCGCAAAGUCAUUCGGAAAUUUUGGAGCCAGAAAACCCUUUACACUCAAAAUGCACCGUUCCAUGUGGUGAUCACCAGCUACCAGCUGGUGGUCCAGGACGUCAAGUACUUCCAGAGGGUCAAAUGGCAGUACAUGGUUCUGGAUGAGGCGCAGGCACUGAAAAGCAGCACUAGCGUUCGGUGGAAAAUCCUUCUGCAGUUCCAGUGUCGAAACCGACUUCUGCUCACUGGGACGCCCAUCCAGAACACUAUGGCUGAGCUGUGGGCCCUGCUGCACUUCAUCAUGCCGACGUUGUUUGACUCCCACGAAGAGUUCAACGAGUGGUUCUCCAAGGACAUCGAGAGCCACGCCGAGAACAAGUCCGCCAUCGACGAGAACCAGCUCUCCAGACUGCACAUGAUCCUCAAGCCUUUCAUGCUGCGCAGAAUCAAGAAGGACGUGGAAAACGAGCUCUCGGACAAGAUCGAGAUCCUGACCUACUGCCAGCUGACGUCCCGCCAGAGGCUGCUCUACCAGGCCCUGAGGAACAAGAUCUCCAUCGAGGAUCUGCUGCAGUCCUCCAUGGGCACGGCCCAGCAGUCGCACACCACCACCUCCUCCCUCAUGAACCUGGUCAUGCAGUUCAGGAAGGUGUGUAACCACCCGGACCUGUUUGAGCGCCAGGAGACGCGCUCCCCCUUCCACAUGUCCCUCAAGCCCUACGCCAUGUCCAAGUUCCUUUUCCGUCACGGCCUCGUCCACGCGCACAACAACGCCAGAAACAAGUUACUUCAAGUGCUGCUGUCUCCCUUCUCCCCAAAUCACAUCCAGCAGUCUCUCUUUCACAGAAAAGGUGAUGACAAAGGAAGCUGUUUCUCCUUCCUGCGCUUCAUCGACGUGUCCCCGGCUGAGAUGUCCAAUCUCAUGUUGCGAGGCACCUUAGUAAGAUGGUUAGCCCUUUUUCUCUCGCUCAAAGCCGCGUAUCGGCUCCACCACCGGCGCCUCUUCGGCCUCGACGGCGAGGCCCAGGAGGUGGCCGCUGGCUCACGGGGGGAGACGGGGAGCAAGUGUCUGUCUCGCCAGGACCUCAUUCUGUGGCUGGACAGACCCACCAACUUCCCGAACGCGCACACCAGCCCCGUCGUCCAGGACCUGGUGUUCACAGCCUUACGACCCGGCAUGAUGGGACACACGGACGUAAAGAUCCACAGUCGAAACUCUUCCAGCUCUACGCUGCGGCCCUGCCAGCCCACGCUGCCCCCCAAGUUCCUGCUGGCCGCCACUCCCAGGGUGACGGCAGUUCCCAUGGAGCGCUACUGUGACGACCGCAGCGCGGAGUACGAGUGGCGGGUGACGCGCGGCGGAGGGGGCAGCGUCUUCAAGCAGUGUUUCCUCCACGGCUCCCCGGAACUCGCCGCGGACUGGCUCGCCAGGGCCAACACCUUCCACCCACAGUGCCCUGGGGGCGUGAUGGCCCUCUACCCCCGGCACGGCUGGUCCUUCAUCCGGAUCCCCGAUAAGGAGAGCCUCAUCACGGAAAGUGGGAAGCUCCACACCUUGGACGUCCUGCUGAGCCGGCUGAAGGCCCACGGCCACAGAGUGCUCAUCUACUCGCAGAUGACCCGCAUGAUCGACCUACUGGAGGAGUACAUGGUCUACCGUAAGCACACCUACAUGCGCCUCGAUGGAUCCUCCAAGAUAUCUGAGCGCAGGGACAUGGUGGCCGACUUCCAGAGCCGGACGGACAUCUUUGUCUUCCUGCUGAGUACGCGGGCCGGAGGCCUCGGCAUCAAUCUGACUGCCGCUGACACGGUCAUCUUCUACGACAGCGACUGGAACCCCACGGUGGACCAGCAGGCCAUGGACCGAGCUCACCGGCUGGGUCAGACCAAGCAGGUCACCGUCUAUCGCCUCAUCUGCCAGGGCUCCAUCGAGGAGAGGAUCCUGCAGCGCGCCAAGGAGAAGAGCGAGAUCCAAAGGGUGGUCAUCUCCGGGGGCAACUUCAAACCGGACACGCUGAAACCCAAAGAGGUGGUCAGCCUGCUGCUGGACGACGACGAGCUGGAGAAGAAACUGCGUCAGAGGCAGGACGAGAAGAGGCAGCUGGAAGAGUGCAGCAAGGUGAAGGAGCGCAAGAGGAAGAGGGAGAAGUACGCCGAGAAGCAGAAGAAGAACGAGGACUCGGAGACCAAGAAGAAGAAGGAGGUGAACCUGGUCAUCUCUCACGCGCCCUCGGCCGACAACUCCAACCUGUCGGCGGACGGAGACGACUCCUUCGUCAGCGCGGAGAUGGACUCGGCCAUGCCCAGUCCCUUCAGCGAGAUCUCCCUGAGCAGCGAGCUCCAGCCCGGCUCGUUACCGCCGGACGCCGACGAGAGCAGCAGCGACAUGCUGGUGAUCGUGGACGACGCGGCGUCCUCCGCGCCGCAGUCCCGCGCCACCAACUCGCCGUCGUCCGUGUCGGGAUCCGUCUCGGACAACAUGAACGGCGUUUCGGCCUCGGAAACCAUCAGUCCCGGCAGAGGCCGGUCCGGGCGGAGUCGGGGGCGGCCCAAAGGCUCCGGCGGCGGGUCGAAGUCGGGCGGGAAGGGGCGCGGGCGCAAGUCAACGGCGGGCAGCGCGGCGGCCAUGGCGGGAGCGAUGGCCGGCGCGGCGGCCGCGUCUGCAGCAGCCUACGCCGCGUACGGUUACAGCGUCUCCAAAGCAGGCCUCGCCGCCUCCAGCCCCCUGCAGCCCUCCCUGGGCCGGUCCGGUACUAGCCCCGCCUUCAACCCCAGCAGGAGCUCCUCCCCCCAGGCCAAAGGAGGCGCCUCCACGCCGAGCCCCCACAAACAGCUGACCCACAGCCACCACCACAGCAGCCACGGCGCAGUCAGGAAGGGCAAGGGCCCCGGUGGUCCCGGGGCGCGAUGAUGCAAACCGCACACGCACACACACACACACACACACACACAGGUCGAUGACUGACCUACUCUCACUGUGAUCCCCACAGACGCCUACACUGAAUACAGUUUAAAUGCCGUAACAGAGUUCCACUACCUGGCAGACGAUCCUGCGUCUCAACUGAAAUGACCCUUCACACACACACACACACACACACACACACACACACACACACACACACACACACACCGGCCUCCACACUUCUUGGUUCUGUUUUGUUUUACUGUGUCCGGGUCAGUGGGCAGAAAUCCGCCCGGAGCGUUUGCUGUUUGCAAGAGAAGACGGGCGGCACUUUUCCCACUGAAGUCGGGAAACUCGCUGAGACGUUACAACGUAAGAGGUGAACCGACACGUGUAGCGUAAAGGGCUUGGAAAUGUUUCAGGGAGGCGAAGGAGCGACUGUCGAAUGCACUGAGCGGCGUCUUCCGUUUCUUUUCUCUUUGUGUUGUUGGUGAUUCUCACUCGUGUAAAUGAGGUUAUUUAAUUGUGGUGUAGAUGUGCUCAGUGCACCUUGCCGACCCCACACUUUACCAAACAAUAUGCCGACAGCUUUUCUACUAAAGCGCCUAUUUUUGUAAUGGAGGAUGUGCGUGAGGACUCGAACCAACAGGAAAAUCUUUUGUCCGUAAAAUGUUUUCCCGCACAGACUGAAAUUUAAAAUCGCUGAUAUAUAUAUUUUUUCUUUCUCCAAGUGGAAAAUGAAUGAAUGGAUGAUGUGAAGAUAAUAUUCCCAAUCGAGGAGUACUGGUUGAUCCGGCAAUGCUGCUAACCGUAAAUUUAUGAAUUCACUCGGAUUAUUUGGUUGUCUUUAAGUUAUUUGAGUUAUAUUAAAACAGAAUGGACAAUUCAUGAUGGUUGCGAAUGGCGUAUUCACCUGUAAAAACUGUGUAAAUUGUACCGAAGCCAUUUUUAUUUUCCCGAACAUGCUUUCUGUGAUUGGGGAGUCGGCGGUUCGCUUCCAUGUUUUAGGAACACAAAUUUCACAGUCCUCCGUUGAGCACUACAUCUGUUAUAGGCGUGUUUGUUUUGUGUUAAUCGUGUGAUUAAAGUGCGAUGUUCUAUAUUGCUGUACAUAAAGGUGAGAGCGACGUUUCCUUUGGCUUUUCCCUCAUUUGCCUGUCUAUUUUUAUAGGUCAUGUGUACAUAUGAAGAAAUGCGUCCGCCAUUUUACUAACAGGAGGAGCUAACUGAAAAUAAAAGAGUUAAGACUUAA